GGCUUCCCAAACCUACUUAUCAUAGAAGGUUUUUAAUGAGUUUUUCAUAUUUACGUCUGAUUGCUUUACGCCACAUUUCAUAAUGGGAGGAAAAGAUAAACAAAGAACUAAAGGAAACGCGAAGCCAUCUAGCAGUGGCCGUGCUGCUGCUUUGAUCUCGAAAGAUGGAACUGUGGGUUUUGUUGGGUUUGGAGGACUACAGGGCAGUCCAGGUGCAAGUAACCUUGGUUAUGUUCCAAUGAGCACUGGUGUUAGUGAAGAUGUUGAUGCAUCUGUUGAUGGAGAAUUCAGGAUGGUGAUGAGGAAAUUGAUGAAGAGAGACUCAGUUACAAAAUUGAAGGCUGUACAAGAGUUCACCGAGUUAUGCAAGAAUUUGACUGUUGAGGCUGUGGAAAGUGCUCUGCCUUUCUGGCCAAGGCUGUUCAACAAAUUAGCUCUGGAUGUUGAUCACAAAGUGCGAGAAGCAACUCAACAAGCCAUGGAACAGUUGGUUCUCAGAGUUGGUCGUAAUCUUGCUCCUCAUCUGCGUUAUAUUAUUGGUCCCUGGCUGUGCACACAGUUUGAUACCUAUGCAGUUGUUGCGUCAUCAGCUAGGAAGUCAUUCCAUGCAGCAUUCUCAGAGGAAAAACAAACUGAUGUCAUCAUGUUUUGUAGAAAGGACUUAUUUGAGUUCUUUCAGGACAAUAUAUUAACACAGACUCCUUCCACCCUCUCUGAUCCAAAAUUUGUUUCUGAAGAAGAAAGAGAGGCUAAAUAUAACAGAGUGCUCUCAUCUUCCAUCUUGGGGCUUGGACAUCUGAUAAAUGUUAUAUCGCAGAAGGACAGUGCAGAUAUGGUGGACCUUUAUCUUAAAGUUCUGCGGCAAAACAAGUUCUGGAAAUAUGCCAGGCACAAGUCCCCACAUGUGCGAGGUGCUGUAUUCUCUACCGUCAGCAUUGCCUGUGAGCAACUCCUUUCUGUGAUGUUGUCAAUCAGCUCCCAGGUCUCUCCAGCUGUGUUAUCUGCACUGGAUGAUUCUGAUCCUGCAGUCUGUCAACAACUGUGGAACGCUGUUUUAUCUGUGCUCAAGAAUAUCACAGACUGCUGGAUCCAAGUGAAAGCCCGUAAAGCUGUUUUACCUAAACUCUGGUCUGUCUUGAAGAGUGGUGGCAGUGGUUGUGCUACCAUGAUCUUUCCUAACUUACUUCCAUUCUUGAGCAAAGUACCUUCAGAGGUUAUUGGUAGUGGCAUGGGUUUCUACCAAGAAUUCUUUACAAAUCUCCAAGAAGGUCUGACUAAGGAGCGAGUGCAAAAUAGCCCUAGUGAAUGUUCAGCAGUGAUUACAGCGUUCAUGGAGUGCCUGAAAUUUUGCCUUCUACACGAAUAUGGGGAUGGAUCAAACAUGGAAAUCUGGGAAUAUUUGAUUAAGGAGCAGCUGUUGUCUCUGUUGAAAGAAUCAUUGGAAAAGCAAAAUAAACUGACAUAUGACAGUCUGUAUACUCAUGCAGCUGAUCUGCUGUCAUAUUUGUCUAUCAAAGCAAAAAGUGAUUCCAAGACAGGAAAGGAUGUAGAGGAGGAAAAAUUACCACAAAAUUUCUGCCACAUAUUGAAAUGGUUUUGGGAGGGCUUCAGUUCAAUCUGUUUGGAAAAUCUUGAGUCUGGCUCCGGAAAAGUGGUAGUUGAUGAGGUUGUUAAUUCUGUGUCCCACUGUUUGGUUAUGCUAAAAUGUCCCACCAAGAAGAAGAAAAAACAACACAGAGUGGCAUUUAUGGAACUUUUGUCAUCUGAACCAUUAGAUUCAUCUGAGGCUGAUCAAUGUUUACCAUACAGUGAUUCUAGAGUGACAUUGGUCAAUGUGGAGAGACUCUACAAUGGCUGUCUUUUAGAUUUAGUUUGCAAUAUUUGUACACUGUGUAUGAAUGAGAUCACUAAAAACAAUUCAGUGGUGCAUUUGAAACUUCUUUCUUCUCUUAUCCCCGACUUCACAUCAACAAAACUUGUCAAAUCUUUGCUUGACAGCUCAAAUGGACCACCUACAACUCUGUUCGCCUCAGAAAAUGAUGAUUACUCGAUUUUGUGUGAAGAAUUCCUACUACAUACUUUGUUUCCUUGGAUCAAGUCCUCCCUGCCUGCGAAUGAAAAUGUUACUUGUGUUUUUAUGGAUAGCAGAUCUGUUGAUUACCUCAUCAAUAUUUUAUGUGGCAUUAUAACAGCUUUACCAAUUGUCAAACAAGUGGAAUUAGUGUCAGAAUCCCUCCAGCAAAACAACUCCAUCUUUUUCCUGUACAAAAUUCUCGAAAAGGGACUCCACUCUGAGGUUCCCGGUGUUGCAAGUUGGCUCCAAGGCGAUGAAGGAAAAGAGAAACUUCUUGGCUUGUCUAUGAGUUUGAUUCCUCGAGUUGGACAUAAGUCUUCUCUUUCUGACGAAGAGCGAGAAGUUGUGUGGCGUCUCCUUAAGUUGUGCGUUGUUACGAAUGGGAAGGCUGCCUUGCUGGAAAAUGAACUGGUAGACCAAUUUUGUCAGCAUUUCCUCAGGAUUCUUAAACAAUCAAAGCAGGAAAAUGAGGCAGAAUUGUUGAUGUUGCUCGACAUUUUACAUUUGUUCCUCACCAAUUGUGAAAAUAACCCUGAUGAGAUUGUGCCCUGUACAGAAGAGCUUCUCCUAGCUAUCUUUCAGCUACAACUGGGAGACAUGCCGCCUACUGAUACUGUAACUCAGUCUUUGAUAGGAACAUGGCAAAAAGGAUUAAGGGUCUUCCGACAACUACCCUCUGAUGUGGAAUGUACUUGUUGUGAGGCGCUGGUGAUUAAAGCGGCCAGACUUGUGCUAGAAAAAUUGGUGAAGGUUGAAACACUAGAGAGAGUGGAUGAUCUCGCUACUGUAGCCGUUCAACUUCUUAGAGACUCAAUCAAGCUAUCGCCUGCUGAGGAUUCAAUAGACGAGUUACUUCCACAAAGAGUGUUCACAGCUUUGACACCGUCUGAAAAACAACUGAGAUUUCUUAGGAAUGAUUACUCUACGACAAAGUGGUUGCUGGUUCCUCUGCUCGAGAGGAAAAUUCUUGUUUCAUCAGAUGCUCACGAUCUGUGCGACGUAAGUGAAACUGUUCAGUCCACGCUCACAAAUCAUCAGAAAGUGAUCUUGUUUUCGUCGACUCUGAUCGUUAAGACGCUUUCGAAUUCCGAUGAGCUAUCGAACCGAAAGAGUGACGUCAUAACAAAGGAAAGUUUAAUCCGCCUGUGGUUGGAGACGAGCUGGGUCCGACAUUGGUGCUCGUGUGUCUUGGGAAUUAGUGACGUUACUGAGGAAUUUGUUGCGUUUGGAAACAACUGUGACCAAACUAUGGCUAAUGUUCUUCUUAACCUAAACCAUUCAAGUAGCCGUCUUCUGCAACAAAUAAAUGAAAAUCAGUGGGGUGAAGCUCUUAUCUUAGAAGCUCUCACGCGUUCAAGAAGCGAGGGUUUCUUGUGGUGCCUCGCUUUGGAUGGCGUGUUACAAGAUCUUCGGCAGCUUGGUGUACCUAGUGAUACCGCAGUCCUAUUGUCCGAGGUUCAAUCUUUAGCAUCGUUAGAGGAAAAAGAAUGCCAGACUUUGAACACUUUAUUAUCUCAUGUGGAUGGAAUAUAUGAGCUAAAAGUCAUCACUGACCAGUUUAUCGCCCUUAUGCGCCAAGAUAUCGAUGAGAGAGGUUUCGCCCGUGUCUUCGCUAUCAUCGAUGGUGCUCUCCACCAAUGGCUUCAACAAACCAAAGGAGUUGAAGAAGCAGUGCUCGAGUAUCAACUGACGAUAACUGAGAUUUUGGACGAGCUGGUGGAGUGGAAUAAGACACAUGACAGCCUUGUGCUCGUAAACAGUCCUCUGCACGAUGCAUCAACUAGUGUUUUGACCAUCAACUUAUCGCUCAUCAGGAUUCUAGAGAAGGCUCUGCAGCAUUGUUCUGAUGAGAUGAGUGGCAAGCACUGGGAUUUUAUACUGUGUACCUUGGCUGGCUGGUUGCAGACUUGCGAGGAAAAUCGCCUUAUCCUUACAACGUCGCUGAAAUGUGUGGCACUAUGCUGCCAAAUUAGUUCACUCUUUUGCACCGUGGCACGUUUCUUUGAGGAGAAUGCCUCAAAACUACCCAAGGUCAGUGAAGCGUCACAUGAAGUGGACGGCGGAUCUUUAACGACAGCUAACGCUCUUGGCUCUCCUACAAAUAUCUUUACGGAAUGGCAGGAGUUCUUUAGUGGAACUUUGUUUAAUGCGGUGUUACAACUGUUCCUGUUCCAUGCAGGUCAGUAUCAAAGCGCCCUUUCUGAAACGUCAUUGUGGUCAAACCGUGUCAGCGAGGGACUUGGGUCGGCUGUGGUCUACAUUCCUACGACUUUUCUAAAGGAGCAUAAAUUUGAGGGGCAACCACAAGGAACAGACAAUCAAUGUUCACAUAUGCCCCAAUGGACUGCUGAGCUGCUGGAACACUGCUUACCUCUGCUGAGAUGCAGUCAACAUGGACUCCAAUUUGCGGCCUAUCAUCUGCUUUCUAAAGUAAUGAAGGAAGUCACGCUAUCAGUCGAAAAUGAAUCAGAGACCGAGGAAGGAGUGGAUGAACCUGUCAGAUCGCCGCCUACCGCGUUGAUGGAGCUGAUAAAUUCAUCAUGCGCACACAUGACUGAAAUGGUACACGAAGCGCAUGUGCCAUUCGGAGAACAUCUGGACAUGACAGGCGACACCGAGGCGCAGAUUGUCAGCCUCGCUCUUAUGUUAGCUUGGAAAGUUUUGCUUCAGUUCUUUAGAAGUUUGCCACAAGAAAAGCGAGUUGAAUACGCCAAAUACAUCAAGCAAAAUAAGAUGGUGGAUAGUCUUCUUUGCGUGCUGUUUAGACUGAUUCCCGUGAAGUCGACAGUGGUAGUAGUGGAAACAGAUGAUUCUGAGCCGGGUAUAAGUCGUCUUGUUGGUCAGCGUACUAUCCAGCAGUUAGCAUGUGGCUUGUUUUAUUCCUUGUUACAAUGGAUGCCGGCCAUUGUCAGGCAAUGGUGGAAUAGCGUAGACAAGCGUCAAUCUGCUAUUGUGGACAAAUUCACAACUUCCAACAUAACCCCACAACUUUGCCGGCGCGAAAUGCAACUGGUUCAAACUUCGUCGAUCCGGUUUGACAACAUGCAGGUCAAGGCUCGACCCAAUGCCCGCGAGGUUGCCGCGGUUUAUACGAUUGAAGAGAUCUCCAUGGAGCUGGUUGUGAAAUUGGCGCCAAACCAUCCACUGGGAGUGGUGUCUGUCGAGAGCGGCAAGAAGAUCGGGGUGACAGCUGCUCAAUGGAGAAGCUGGAUGCUUCAGAUGACGACAUUUCUAACACAUCAGAAUGGAAGCAUAAUGGAUGGUCUCAUUCUGUGGAAACGCAACGUUGACAAGCGUUUCGAGGGCGUAGAAGACUGCAUGAUCUGUUUCUCUGUCAUUCAUGGCAGUAACUACUCUCUUCCGAAACUGAGCUGCAAAACAUGCAAGAAAAAAUUCCAUUCGGCCUGUCUUUACAAAUGGUUCAGCACCAGUAACAAUGCCACUUGUCCGCUUUGCCGGAAUCUUUUCUAAUCCUUAAACUUUCGAAAGUUAUCAACAUGUAAAGUCGCCUCUCACAGUUUACUACAUUCCACAGUGAACAGGAGAUCAGAAUGGGCGACCAAAACAGGUGGAGGAUGCCAUGUUGAUAUAAACCAAAUUCUCUAAACUUGUUUACAGGGAAAGUUUAACAUAGCAGUUUUAUGCUUUUCACUCCAAGAUUUUAUCAUUAAUUCUCCUUACCGUUUGCCAUAUUAUUCUGAUGAUGUUAGUUCAGAGGAUUUGGUAUUGGAUCAACUUCUAAUCCCCCAAUUGAUAUUUUCUUUAUUCUCAUCACUUGUCUGCUGAAAUUGUAAGGAGAAAUUCUGUGUUGGUCAGUCUGAGGGUUGAAGGAGCUCCUUGUCAACAUUCAGUGUGGUUUUCUGCGACCUGCAAAAUCACCCUCAA